GUUCCACAAGGGUAGGGUAGCGGAGUGACACAUUUUCUGAUAAGAUUUUAUUAAGUAAUGCGGUCGGUUGUUCGGUUUUAGCUCCGCCAACAAAAAGUUCCGGUCAAAGGUUUGUCUGUACGUCACAGCCUCUGCUGUCUAAAAUGAGUAAUUGCACUCAUCAACAAAUUCCCGCUAAAACGUUGAUGACGAGUGCAAUUGCUUCCUUUCGUCAACAGAGGAUGUGACGCACAGACAAAUCUUUUGCCGGUACUUGUUAUUGGCGGAGCUAAAAUCGAUAUCUUUCAAUCGUAGAAAACGGAAUUACAUUUUUAAAUAAUGAUAACGAUUUAAAUCUCAACCUUUAAUAAUUUCGCUACAUCCGUGUAACUAAAGCUAAAGCUAAGUGUGAAAUCUGCGUUUAUAUCUGCCAUGACGACUGUCAAACACUUGUAGAGUGCAGUCGCUUGUGCUCAUUUUGUCCACUAGACGGCGACAUUUUACAAAACAUUUAAUAAAAAAAUAUAAACUGCGUACUGUAUUUGGUACAAAUGGAGGAACAAUACUGGGCCUUGAAUACCUGGAUGUUCUUUGUGGACUGCCACGCUGAUAAACAACAGAAAUGUGAGGAAGUCGUUGAUCGCCACCAGCCUGAUCGUGGCGGUGUCGCUCUUCGUGGUCGUGGUGAACUACACGGAGAAGUCCUACUACCUCCUGCAGCCCGUCUUUGGUCAGACCUUCAGGAGACCCUGGAUGUUCUCCAAGCCGCCGUACAAGGCCUUCAAGCCUCACCUGGGCUACAUCAGCAUCCCCACACAGAAGCCUCUGAAGCUUCACUGUGAGCUCUGCAGCAUCGUCUCCAGCUCCGGACAGAUGUUGGGUCAAGGUGCGGGGCCGGAGAUCGAUCGCUCUCCCUGCAUCUGGAGGAUGAACAACGCCCCCACCCGAGGCUUCGAGAAGGACGUGGGCCGGCGGACCACGUUGAGGGUGGUGUCCCACACCAGCGUCCCCCUGCUGCUGCAGAAGCCCCAGUACUUCUUUGGCCAGGCCAACGACACCAUCUACGUGGUGUGGGGGCCGCUGAGGAACAUGAGGAAGGACGGGAAGGGCAUCGUCUACAACAUGCUGCGUCAGGCCGUGGAGAACUAUCCAAACGCACGCAUCUACGUCACCACGGAGGACAGGAUGAACCACUGCGACAUGGUCUUCAAGAAGGAGACGGGAAAAGACAGGAUCCAGUCCGGCUCCUACCUCAGCACCGGCUGGUUCACUCUCAUCCUGGCCAUGGACAUGUGCAAAGAAAUCCACAUCUAUGGCAUGAUCAACGACACCUACUGCAGAACAGACGACUACAGGAAGGUUCCUUACCACUACUAUGAAGUCGGCAGUCGGGAUGAGUGUGCCGAGUACGUGCUGCACGAGAGCGCCCCCUACGGUGGACAUCGCUUCAUCACGGAAAAAGCAGUUUUCGCUAAGUGGGCCAAGAGUCACGCCAUCAAGUUCUUCAACCCGCCGUGGCAGCUGUCGUGACCACGGCCGGACCAGCAGGGAGACGCCACAUCUUUGUCAUCUUCGUCGUCAUCGCUGUCAUCGUCACUGAAGGAUCAGCUGAAUGUCUGCGUGGACAGAAAUGUCCCCUAAAGUACACAAUAACAGUAUGAGUGUUCUGUCCAUAUCAGAGGUCGCUCUGGUUCAGUGGGUCUUUAAGGUCCGAACAUUAGACACCAUCACUGGUGUGGCCCACCUGGUGUGACCCACCUGGUGUCCAGGUGUCGGACUGUGACACAUAUCAUUCCAAUUUGCAGGAGCCAAUAAGAGAACAGCUCCACGACCUCCAUCUUCCUCCUUCCACCUGGUCGGGAACACGGCGGUUCUUGUCCUCAGAUCUUCACUCAUGGACCGCCGUCCUCUCCUGCACCAGGUCAGAGUCAACUGGACCCCGACAACCUUUCUAAAAUUCAGAGACAAAACGACAGGCAACAGAUGUUGAACAUCACUUGACAAUAAACAUACGGUCAACUUGUCACAACACUGGACUUCAGGACGACUCUGGACGUUCUCGUCUU